ACAAAUUGCACGAAAAUAUGUUCCUGAUGUUAAGUUCAAUCCAAAGGUGCUUUUAAAUUGCAUGUAUAUUUUAUGAAUUCUAGUCUCCUGUUUAAUUCGCCUAAUUUUCAUAGUUUGCGGAUAUUUUCAGGUUCCAUGAAGAAUUAAUCCUUAGUGUUAUUGUUCCGAAAUAUCUUAGUAAAUGACGGAUACUACUGUUGCCGAAGAACGAUCAGCGCUUUGAUGUAAAACAGAUCUAAUGAAGAAUGACUGCUGAAUAUAUACCAACAGAGAUAGGUGGUGGAUCUUCCCUGAAGGAAGAGUAUGAGCGAAGAGAACUACAACAAAAAAGGCAUUAUUUUUUGUUUUCACAACUACAGAAUAUGGCAAGAGAAUUGCCUGGCAAGUACCAGCAGCGUCUGCCAUAUGACCUAUUGUCAAGUCUAGCUAAUGCGCUGAUAGAUGGCACUGUGUUCCAGAUUGUACUGGGUCUAAGGGAAGUACAGGAAUACGAGGAGAAAGCCAUGUUUCAACAGAGGAGUAAACUCAUAUCUGAUCAUAAAGCACAGAAGCAUGAAUUACAGAAGAAACACAAAGCAAUGUUACAGGAUUGUCAAAGUAAACCACACAAUCUCGCCCUGACCAAGACUCAGAUAGAUAGAGAAAUGGAGACCACAAAGAAAAGAUGUGAUGAAGAAAUUAGAAAGAAAGAUCAGAAAAUCAUCAUGCAGUUAGAUCAGAAAGUUAUGGACCAACAAUCAACCUUAGAGAAGGCCGGCGUUCAAGGUUUCUACGUCACAAACAAACCCCAGGACAUCAGAUUACAAAUGUACCUGCUAGAAUUUAUUGUUAGACUGUCUCAGCUCGAAAUGCCAAGUUGAAGGACAUUUUGUGUUAAUAAAAUUUUGCGGUCUAUUGAUAAAAAGGUGAUAAAACAAAUGGCUAGGGGAAAGAGAGAUUGAUCUUGAUGGGAAAAAAAAGAAUAUUUCACAAAAUUGUUGGCAUCACCAGUGAAACAGACCUAUCAUGUGUCGGUGCAACGUUAAAUCCAAAAAAAAAAAAAGAUGGAACAGAACAUUUUUAUGAACAGAACACCUGUCAUGUCUUUGUUCUGCCUGAACUAUAUGGAACUGUGCAAUGAAACUUAUAGGGAUUGUGAUUUGAGUUAACUUAUUUUAAAGAUCUGAAUAAAGGAUGGUUGAUUCAAAAAACGUU